AAUAUAAACCUAAAAGAUUUAAAACAAAGAACUACGGUAAAAAUAAAAAAAAGAAAGAAACAACGAGGGGGAUCAGGUUCCAUUUAUGAAGAACUAACCGCAAUUGCUAAUUUUCCCUAGGAUACACUUGAUCAAGCGGCAGUCAUUUUAGUUUUCAGGAUUCAAGUAUUUAUAAAUCCAAAAAAAUCCACAAUUUUUCUAUUAUUUGAAAUAUUCAUUUACAUCGAGUUUCGAAAAUUACUCCCUACUAGUUUAUGCAUUAAACGAAACUACUCCCCUUUGCAUUACUACCAUCUAUUUGUUUCAUUGUUACCAAGAGAACCGUUGAAAACCCGAUCAACAACAACAACAACAACAGCAACAGCAACCGUCACAACAACAACAACAACACACAACAUUCCCACGGUAUUCACCUCUGCAAAGACAUUCAGUUGUAACUAAUCACAAUCAGCCGCCUGUUUUACGCUCACAACAUUUGGAUCUUCCAUCACCAGUAAUACCGUCGCUACCAUCCUCUAUUCCUGCGCCCCCACCACCGCUCUUGCGAUCUUAUGAUAUGCGUUCCAUGGGUAUCUUUGCUAAUCCUACUACUCCCGCAUAUUCGUCAUCUACACUCCAACCAGGACCAAUAUUAGGAUCUUCGCCACCUACCAAACGACCAAGGUCGGAAAGUUCAUACACUUCACCACAACCAAACAUGAGUUAUACUCGAGGAUCGGGUAAUGAUCACCAGUCACAACAACAGCAACAGCAACAGCAACAAUCUUCUGAGCCAGAGAAUGAAGACCAAAGAUUCUUAAGAUUAGCCAGGGAUGCCCUUGUAGCUACUGCUCAAGGCGUCCUGGGUCAGAAUAACCAGUUAGUUGAUCCUACAAUUUCAGACUUGUUAACUAGAUUACAAUAUGCUAGCUCACCCCAUGGUAAUCCUAUUUCUCAACUGGAGAAAAUUAGAGCAGACAAUGAAGGGAAACUCAUGAUACAGGGAUUCUAUUCCCAGUUUCCUAACUUAAGUAACGAUAUAUUUACUGGAAGUCCUAAUAGACCAAAAGAAGACAAUUAUGGUCACCAACCACAGUCUGUUCACAACCCCCUGGGGGACGAAGAAGGGUGGAAUUUCCUUAUUGGAGAUUCUACCAGAACUUCCACAUUAAUGGAACAAACUAGCUCUGGGUCACGAUCACAGCUGAUUUCAAUCUCGAGAAAACUGAGUACUACAGGUGACUCUGACAAUCCUGCUCGGAAAUUCCUUUGUGAUAAAUGCUCAAUGUCAUUUAGAAGGUCUUCUGACUUGAAACGUCACGAAAAGCAACAUUUGAGUAUUCCUCCGAAUAUUUGCGAGUUAUGUGGUAAGGGAUUUGCCAGAAAAGACGCCUUGAAAAGACACAUGGGUACUUUGACAUGUAAAAGAAAUUCAGAAAAGAAGUUGUAUAUUGAUAACUUGAAUUACUUAGGCAAACGAGGUGGUCAAAUUGAGGAAGAAGAAGACGAUGAUGAUGACAAUGAAGAAGAGGUAGACAACGAGGAAGAUAGACGUGAAGGUUCUUCUAAUCAAUUUAGCAGAUAUGACCCUCAUAAUCCUAGACUGGAUUGGCCAAUUUAGCUUUUCUUUCACUUCAUUUAUUUAGCUUGAUUUUUUAGUUUUGGAAAUGUAUAAUUAUUUUUGGUGUG